AUGUCGGUUUUACUGGAGACGUCCUUUGGCGACAUCGUCAUCGACCUAGAAGUCGACGCGUGUCCCAAGACAUGCGAGAAUUUCCUCAAGCUCUGCAAAGUCUACUACUACAACCUCAACGCGUUCUUCAAUGUAUCAAAGGACUUCCUAGCGCAGACCGGUGACCCAACCGCGACUGGCACGGGCGGGGAGUGUAUAUGGUCGUACAUCGCGACUCAGCAGGGAAAAUCAAGCCCGCGCUACUUCACCCCCGAGAUCGUCCCGCGGCUCAAGCACACCGAGCGCGGGACAGUCUCGAUGGCGGUCGCGCCCUCCGUGGAGGGCCUGAAAGGCGGCUGCGGAAGCCAGUUCUUCAUCACCCUCGCCGACAACAUCGACUACCUCGACGGGAAGCACGCGGUGUUCGGGCACGUCGUAGAGGGGCUGGACACGCUUGACAAGCUGAACGAGGUCUUUGUGGACCAGGACGGGCGGCCAUUGAAGGACGUUAGGAUACGGCACGUAAUCAUCCUAGAGGACCCCUUCCCCGACCCCCCAGGCCUCGUCCGCCCCGACGCCUCACCCAUCCGGCCGCCCGACAACUCCACGCGCAUCGCCGAGGACGAAGACCCGCUCGCGACGCUCCCCGAGGAGGAGGCGGAGAAGCAGCGGCGCGAGCAGGCCGCGCGCGCGUCCGCGCUGACGCUCGAGAUGGUCGGCGACCUGCCCUUCGCGAACGUGCGCCCGCCCGAGAACGUGCUCUUCGUGUGCAAGCUGAACCCCGUCACGCGCGACGAGGACCUCGAGCUGAUAUUCUCGCGCUUCGGGACGAUCAUGAGCUGCCAGGUUAUUAGGGACAAGAAGACGGGCGAGUCCCUGCAGUAUGCGUUUAUUGAGUUUGAUAAGCGGGAGGAUGCGGAACAGGCGUACUUUAAAAUGCAAAAUGUCUUAGUCGAUGAUCGUCGCAUAUGGGUCGAUUUCUCGCAAUCCGUGGCUCGUCUAAACAACCAAUGGUCCAACAACCCGAAGAUGGGCCCGCGCAUGGAACGCGGUGGAGGUGGGAAGCGCGGCAGGGGAGGUGGUCGUCCCGCCGGCGGCUUCGGCGGUCGUGAGGACCUCGAGGAAACGCGGAGGUACCGAGCGGACGACUACGGCGGAGCAGGGGGUGAUUAUGGGAUGGUUUUCGAUGUCCCGGACGAGAAGGACGGUAGGCAUCGAAGCCGAAGCAAAGAGCCGGAGCCCCGGCGGAGGUCGAGGUCGCCUCGGAGGGAUAGAGACAGGGACAGGGAACGCGAGAGAGAUAGGGACAGGGAAAGGGACUAUCGCAGGAGUAGGAGCCGGAGCAGGGAUCGACACAGGCGUCGAAGCAGGAGUAGAGACCGGGACGGCAGGCGAGAGAGGGAUGGAUACAGGGAGCGGAGGCGCUGA